AUGGAUAAGGAAUUUGCAAACACUAUAUGGAAAGAAAUGGCUCCUUUGAAAAUUGUUUUUAGUUAUGAACAAUAUACUGUAGGGGUUGUCAAUCAACAUAUUGAUUAUAUAGAUAUAAGUGGAUGCAGCCAUAGAAAUUGUUCUAUCUUUUGUGGAUAUAAUUUUAACACAAUCCAACUUGAUGAAAAGGUGAUAGGGACUAAAAAGAGCACGCAUAAUUCAUUGUGUUCAUUUAUUUCAAAUUGUGAUGUAAUUGAUGCAGCCCGAAGAAUUCAAGAUGUACUAAAGUUAUCCACUUUUGUUAAUGGAAGACAUUAUGGACAAUGUGGAAAGAAUGUUGCUGAAGAUUCCAGAGGAAAAUUAUAUGAAUUAGAGCAUAAUUGUAAAUUUUAUACUGCUUUUGAGAAUACUAGAAAGGAAGAUUAUGUAACUGAGAAGUUUUUUGAAGGAAUUAAGGCAAUAGAGAAUGGAGCAAAGGUAUUGAUGAUUUAUGAUGGGGCUACAAAUGUUGAAAGUUUCGGAUUUCCAAAAGAUGUUUUCAUUAAUAGAAACGACUUUAGCUCGGUGGAUGAAUUGGGAAAAUAUUUAAAGUCACUGAGUGAAGAUGAAUUAUUAUUCAACCAAACUUUUCUGAGGGCUUUUUCAAAACAGAAUAUACCAAUCAUCGAAAAAGUCUUUAAUUAUCAUUAUUUGAAAAGAACCGACACAACAGUAUGUAGAAUGUGUACAUCUAUUGCAGAGGUGAAACUCGCUAGGUACCUUCUUUACAAAUGUGGAUUGUUUGAGAAGGCUACAUGGGGUGAAUUUCGAGAGAGAAUGAAAGUAUUGCUUAGUAAUGAGUCAAAUAGACUUUCUAUUCUUGACUCAAUGUUUGAAAUUGCUUAUGGAAGAGUGUUCAAGAAAAAUUUGUCUGAAACAAAUUGGAAUGACUAUAGCUAUAACUAUAACACACCUUAAUGGUACUUCCAGGUUGGAAUUUUGAGACAAUUCAGUAGUCACCAAAAAGAAGAUGAAACUCAAAUAAAUAUAUAUGCUAUAGUCAACUAGUGUAAACAAUUUAAAGGAGUUCUGGUUUCUAUGCAUGGCAAAAUUCCACAAUCAAUCUCUGGGCAACAGGGAUAAUUCCACAAAAUAUCUUGUAAUAUACCUAUUCAAAGGAAGCUGUUGUGGAUGGGUGCCAGAACAAUCAAACUAGUAACAUCAUUUUGAUGGUCUAAAUAAUAUUGAAAUAGGUGUCCAAAAAUAUGGAAACCGGGUUCAACUCUUUUUCUUUUGUCUGCCACUAACGGAUUCUAUGCAUGUUUAUAAAUCCUUUGAUUUGCAAUCAUGUAAACUACAUCUUCUGAUGCGUUCGGUAUUCCAAAAUCGGUGUUUGGAAACUAUCUCUUUUUGCUUAGGGACAUGAAUACUAUUAAUGACUGGGAAGGUACUAUCAAUCAGAAAUACUCUGUUAGUUAUUAAGCCUAUAUAAAAUGAAAAUGAAGCUGACCGUUGUUGACUGAUUUUGUAGUAUUUAAUUAUCAAUUGUGCGUAAUUUACUUCAAAUACUUAGCUGAAAACAUUAAUUCAUCUAAAACUAAACCAUUAUAUGGUAAGGCAUCACCACAUGAUGCACAAGAUGAGAAUGUAUCGUCUGCAGUUGCUAAUGUAUAUGAUUCUCCGUAUUUUUGCUCCAUUCCAACCAUGCCAUUAAUCUUCUUUUGAAUUUGGGUAGAUGUUAAUUCUGUAUCAUUUGCAUUAGUGUGGGUUGUUUCAGAACUUGCUUUUGAGUUUCCAUUCUCUAUAACACCCACAUGUAAUGUAAUAGCGCUAAUAGUAUUAUGAAUUUCAUGGUGUUUGAAAAGAAGAAUACUAGGUUGAGAACCUCUGUCAUAACAUCCAAAUAACAUAUUUUCCUUACAUGGAGAGAAUGAAUAUUUGUGGUCCAUAAAGAUGCUGCUCUUUUCG